CGMCACACUAGAUCUGUAGAAGGAAGGUGAGGAAGCCCCGCAGCGGCCCRUCGAGAUGGUGAACCUGUAGAAUCGAAAUCAAUYAAUGCAAACCCAUGUAGUAGAGCUACCCCAGCACGUCCCAUUGGAGAUUCGGUUGGAACGGAGGUGGGGGAGGGAGGGGACCCGUGCGUCCGGURGAGCCGGGAGGAGKUUCCGGCCGAGAGAGAAAGMGGCAAGGCGGCGGCGACAAACACACCAACCACCAGACAAACAACACCUGUAGCCCCGCGGUGCCUCCAGGCASCAUGGUGUUUGCCCGUUUGUUUUGGUMCCCGUUGGUUUUCGCGCCCGCAGUGYACCUCGAUUCCGGAGGUGUCCACGCCGCUUCUCGGGAGCCGGACACCCACGGGAAUCGUUCGAUGGGGAAACUCCGCURCGCACCCUUCCGCCCGUCACCCUCGAUGCCCUCCAUCCGURGAAUCCCUUUUGGAAGGGAGCCAGCACAGCAGACAGUAUUUACCCACCUUAAGMACGUAUUUCUCACGAUGCCUCUUGCGUUUGUUCCGUUUGUCCCACAGAAUUUUUGUUGAACCCGCAACACCGCCAACACACACAAACAUUCAAAAUGGUAAGCGCACCCAAGCAAGAUUUGGUCACUCGUGAUUACACGAUCCACCUCUCCAAGAAGACGCACAAGGCCCAGCACAAGCGUCGUGCUCCCCGAGCGAUCAAGGCGAUCCGACAGUUCGCCCAGAAGGCCAUGGGAACCCAGGACRUCCGAAUCGACGCCGGCCUCAACAAGUACGUCUGGAGCACCGGAAUCAAGAACCCACCCACCCGAGUCCGCGUGCGUCUUUCACGAAAGCGCACCGAAGACGAAGACGCCGACGAAAACCUAUACACUCUUGCACAACUCGUCGAGGUCUCGUCUUUCAAGGGACUGCAGACAGAAAACAUUAUCGAGUAAAUAGCCAGCAAAC